CAACACCUUCCACGUUUCCGAACCCCGAGUCCACUACGCUCCCCGGUCUACCCCCACAAAGAGCAAAGCUAAUGUAUCUUGACUCACACAAUUGGUGCCUUUUCCAUCCGAGAUGCCCGGGACAACCGUUAACCCUACUACCAAUGACGACAAUCGAAUGGGAUGAACGGUAGCAACGUUCCCACUGACCAGGAACAAUCAGCGAGCAUGCCAAAUAUCGAGACUCUGGUUCGUCCGUUCCUGGAUGCAGGAUCUCCGAUCAAGGGCUCCUUGCCGCAUUCAUUAUAUGUCCCGCACGUCAUCCCUCGGGACUGAAGCUGCGGGCGUCGAGCUCUGCGUCAGCUGUUAGCUACAAAAAGCCAGCAAGGGCCGUUGGCCCUGCAGUCGUCGCUUUGAUCUUCCUUGAGCGUUUCUUCCGCUGCCCAUCAUGAAAUUACAGUUAUUUAUCUUUCUGACGUACAUAGUCGCAGUGUCGGCCAAGUAUACGGCCAAUUUGAAUUACCGCAGUCCUUCUGAGCACCAUCCCUUUCUCGGCAUUAGCUUGUACAAAGUUGCGAGACGUAACAAUCCUAGUGUCCGAUAUAUCGAUGCGGAUCAAUUGAACUUUACCCAUGGCGUUGCUUCCGGAGACCCGUAUGCCGACUCGGUCAUCUUGUGGACGCGAUGCUCGCCGACAUACGACAAUGACAAGAGCAAUGCUACCGUUUCAGGAACAGUACCUCUCUUCAACCAUGAUACUCAAGAGUACAUUCAAAUGUCUACUGCUCCUGUCUGUGUCAAUUAUAACGUAGCAACGGACGAAACGAUGGAAGACGUGGUUACCUCAGGCACAGCGUAUACUACUUCGGACAUUGAUUAUACAAUUAAGAUCGAAGCGACUGGACUUGAGCCUUUCACGCGCUACUACUACCAAUUCAACGUAUGUAAUUCGGAAAAGCGCAGCCCAGUAGGUCGAACGAAGACUGCUCCGGUUAGCAAGGAUGAAGUCCCAGAUGUCUCGAUUGCUGUGUUCUCUUGUUCUAACUACCCCUUUGGCUUCUUCAAUGCUUUCGGAAAUGUUGCACGCAAAGACUCCGUAGACUACAUACUCCAUCUUGGCGACUUCAUCUACGAGUACGCCGAGGGUGCGUACGGCCACGGCUGGUCAAUUGGGCGCAUUCCCGAACCCAACAAGGAGAUCCGUAGUCUUUACGAUUACCGCAAGAGACAUGCCUCGAACCGGGCUGAUCUGGACGCGAUUGCCAGCUUCGGCAAGUUUCCAUGGAUCCCAGUUUGGGAUGACCACGAGAUCGCGGACAACAUAUACAGAGACGGUAUGGCGGCACAAAACAAUACCGAGGCAUCGUUUACGCAAGACGAUAUCGAAAAUGGCGGCAAUGGCGUCUCAUUUGACCAGCGGAAGAUGAAUGCUGUGAGAGCGUAUUUUGAGUGGAUGCCCAUCCGUCAAGUCGAGAUGGACGACAACCUCCGCAUUUGGCGCAGCUUCUCCAUCGGCACAUUAAUGGACAUUAUCAUGCUUGAUACGCGCAACUACGACAGGUCUAUCACCGAUCUCUACUGGAACACGGACUAUAUUCAUGAGAUAUCGAAUGAUGCAGGUCGGUCAUUGAUGGGCAGUCGCCAAGAGAACUGGUUCUACAAUCAACUAACGCAAUCUAAAAACAGAGGGGCUGCGUGGCGCCUCAUUGGAUCUCAAUUAGUUUUUUCGCGUGAAAACGAAUCCCUCGCAAGCGGCCCAGAGAAUCCCUUUGAUUAUGAUGCUUGGGAUGGCUACCAAGCCAAUCGUAAUCGUACCUUCCAGCACCUCUACAACCACAAAAUUUCCAACAACAUCAUCAUGGCAGGUGACAGUCACCUGUCCUGGGUGUCGGAUCUGGUAUGGUUGGAUGAGCGCCCCUAUGAUCCGACAACUGGCGCUGGCGGCAUUGGCGUCGAGUUCGCCGGCAGCGCCGUUAGCUCGCCCUGUCCACUGGGGCAGAACAUCACGAUGGACACGGGGAUCAAGGCUUCAGAAUGGCUCGUGGCAAAUAACCGCGAGCUGCAGUGGCACGACACGUACUACCGCGGCUACUACGAACUCACGGUGGGUUAUGCGGGUGUCGAGGCCCGUUACUUUGGUAUCCCGACGCUGGUGCAGCGCACGCCGCUGGAAGUCAGUCUGGCGAACUUCACAGUCGAACGUGAUGCCAACGCACUGAAGAGGCCGGUCGGGGGAGGUGUGGUGGCGAGCGGCGCGCUAAAGGAAGGCAAAGUUGCUGUCGGCAAUGUCACCAAUGACACGGUGACGGGCGCCUGGAGUGUGCAUAACCUAGCAAGCUUUGGGUACGGGCAGCUCGUGGACUAGACGUAACCAUGGGAGCAAAACGUGCUCGGUAUCGGGUAGAUCUCGAGAAUGCAAGAGACCCCGAGAGGUUGGCAUCGGGUAUGGCAGACGUGCCAUGCUACUGCGUCUCCGGUGUCAUGGGAAUCCACUCAGCACGAGCUCCCCUAUCAUACUUUUCUCUAUUUUCCCUGGGUUCCCUAUCUCUUGCUUCCCCGUAACCAUCUCUUCCUCGCUAGGCGCGUUGUCCAUAUCGUGGAAUGCAGCAGACCCCGAUCCGGCAGAUGAAUGGACUGUUUCCGGAAUGCCGAGUGAAGCCGUCUAGAAGUCUGGGCGAGCAUGGUGCCUCGUGACUGGUGUCUCUCCCUUGCAUGCGACGCCGUGGCGGUGAGGCGGUGGUUCCCAGGCAAGGGGAACGAUGCUUGCACUGCGUUGUCGAGGUCAGUCAUGGAGUUUAAAAAAAAAAUUAAUCCAGACGGCAGCAGGCUG